AUGGUUCGUGCUCUGACACCGGACGGCGCCAAGGACGCGCGAUAUCCCCAGCGCAUCCUGGCCGACUCUAGUUCUUCUGAAAGUCUCGACAUCAAGGAUAUUCUCGCCGGCUAUGACUGCGAAUACUUGCCUGACCUGUCUCUGAUUUUGCCCUCCAUUUCGGAUGAAACACUGUCCUUUGACGAAGUCCCUCCUUUCCCUUCCGACGCGAAGCCCCCACUGUACAUCAAUGUCUUCGAUGAGUUGCCUACGGAGCCGCAGCCUCAGUUCAACAGAUUUUCCACUCACGAGCGUAUCAAGGCGACCCUUGCGGCCCCCAUCGGCUCUAGGGUGAGGGUAAUGCUCAUGGAACCGAUACGAGCUGAGCAAUGGGUGCCCACCCCAGCACCCGGUCAUGUACCAUGGCGAGAGGACAACUACGAGGAUAACGAGGUCUACGAUUUUCCUUUAUUGCCGUGGAAAGCUGAAGGCUCGCUGUACAAUCCAACCGACUUCCAUAAAAGACUGGCAUCCUAUCACCCCGAGCGGCCUCCACGGGGGAAAGAGGUUUAUGACUACCGUUCUCCCCUUACGCCAACGGACCCAGCAGGGCAGUACAAGGGCGAUCCCCACAGUUGCCCUAAUGAGCGCGUCAAUGCCAGCGAGCACUUAGUCAAGGCCCUAGAUAACUCGCAAGAGGUUUCCAUCCCUACUAUUAUGAUAUCAAAUUCGACAGCAAUCAUUCCUUUUUCCUUGGAGUCGUCUCAGAGCCUUACCCGCGCUCCCUUAGCAGUCCGAAGGGGUCAGAAAGUCCCGACCCCGCUCACCUUAAAUGGUCCGCGACUUCAAGACGACCCGUAUCCCGAUGUACCUACACCCUUCCUUGGCUCUCCGUCCUCAUCUAGUCCCAGCUUCGACUUCGCGUCUAGCACGUCCGCAUUCUCUAUGGGAUUGGAGGCGAUGUGCGCAGACUUGCGGCAGCGCUGCCCCGACUUCCGGGCUCCUUCACCCACGCCACCCGAGACGCCGAAAGAACAAGAGCACGCGUGGCACGAUGUGGCCGGUGCGUCCCCGGGUGUGGCCAGUCCGGAAGACGAGUGGAAAUUUGCACAGGAUCUCUUGGUCAAGUACGGCGACAGGCACCCUCCACCUCUCGAGAGCCCCCCGCCGGUCCCCUGCGGAGACACUCUAACAGGAACUGCGGACCUUAACUUCUCCUGGGCGACCUCCCCGACGCUGAUCGAUUCUGUGGAACAGAGCCCAGUCACACCCGACAUGCGACAAAUGCGCCGCAAAACAGUCAUUAUUGAGACGCCUUUACAAAGCAGAAUGCAACCGAUCCGGGCCCAAGCGCCAUCGUCCCAGGAUGACCAUGACCCACUACCUUUCGAGAGUCCCUCGAGGAUUAGCUUCUCCUGUGCUUGCCAAUCGACCCCAGCGUCGUCGCGCCCUUCAAGCAGCGCGAGCAUGCGUCCUGUCAAAGGUAUCCUUAAGGAGAAAAAGCGCGUUCGUUUCUCAAUGGCACCCACGAGCGUCGAGUGCCCGUCCGGGGUGCUCCAUCAUGACAACAAGGACGCCGAUGGCGCUGCUCAGUCUUCUUCAGGGAAACUCAUUAGACGUUCGGCGUUAUCAAGGCCGAAGUCACCUUUGAGGCAAAGCUUCGCUGCAACUGGAUCUGAUGUAUUCCAAGACUCUCCGACGAUUGUGCAAGAGCCCGUCAGCGUACCGAAGCACCCAGCCCUACGUUCCAUAACGCGUAACUCAGCGAGGUCACCUAGCCCCCAGACGCCUGCCGUCACCUCAAUGAUUCUCGCGGACCAACAGCGCGCGCCACUGCGCUCGCUCAACACCCACCAAAGCCUCCCAGCAAAACGCAACUCAAAUGCGGUCUUCGUGGACCAGCGCAAACGUAGCACCGUGGCCACGAGCGACAUUGGCCGUCCCAAGAGGUUGCUGAAGACAGCGUCCGCCCAAGGGCAUCUACAGGACGAGAAUAACGCAUCGCGACGGGAGUCGAGCAGUAGAAGUCGGAUGCCUGUUCCUUUUCGCAGUAUCUUGACCAAGCUGCGUGCAUGA